UUUCCCAUCUCGUCCAGGGUUCCCCGGCGGCUGCCCCCUACCAAUGGCGACGGCCUCCACGCCCAUGGCGACUAGCAAGAAGAAAAUGGCGUCGCCUCUGACGGACAUCUCCGACCACCUCCUGGAUGAGAUCUUCCUCCGCCUGCCCACCCCACAAGACCUCGCCCGCGCAUCUGCUGCAUGCACCACCUUCCGCCGAAUCUCCACCGACCGCUCCUUCCUCCGCUGCUUCCGCUCCCUCCACGCGCCACCACUCCUCGGCUUCCUCGACCGCGACGGCUUCAACCCAGCCCUGCCGCCUCACCCCUCCGCUCCCGCCGCCCAUGCGCUCGCCGUCGCCGAUUUCACCUUCUCCUUCCUCCCCUCCCGCCGCCGCUGGGAUGUCCAGGACAUCCGCAACGGCCGCGUCCUCCUCAGCCCCGGGCCCAAAAAGGGCGAGGAGCCCCUGAACUUCACGGAGCUUGUGGUAUGCGAUCCCUUGCACUGGCGGUAUCUCCUGCUUCCUCCAGUACCUGACUACCUAGCCGCUUCUCUGGACUCCAUGGUUCGCAGACCCCGGUGCUUGCCUUUACUCGUUCCCCUCAGCAAGGAGGAGGCGGCGGUGGAGUAAGAUACUGCAUUCAGAGUGAUUUGGUUCGCGCGUUACAAAACUAGGGUGGCCGCCUUGGUCUUCUCUUCGAGCACCGGACAAUGGAGAAUUGCUGCAUCCAAGGGAUGGAGCGAUUUGGCCAUUAGCACGCGCGAGUCUUCCAUGAUGUCAAAGUCCCCCUCUCCGUUUGUCCAAAGCCAUUAUGCUUAUGGCUGCUUCUUCUUCGACUGGGUGAUGUUCAGGUGGAAAAAGUUGCUAAUGCUUGAUACCAGGAUGAUGGAGUUCUCCAUUGUUGACCUCCCGCCUGGAAAAUGGAGCACGGAAGGUGUAUCCAUUGUGGAGGCAGGGGAAGGCAGACUUGGGAUGUUUGGUUUGCAUGGUGAAACUGCAUCUGACCUCAGCUAUACCAUUGCGUCGAACAAAGGCAAGAGUCCCAGCUAGUGGCAGAUGGAGAAGACAAUCUCACUAGAUUCUGGCUACAAAUAUUUUAUCAGAGGUGCAACAGGGAGGUAUUUGCUGUUGACGAGGACAGAAACACUGCCAAACUCAUCUCUGGAGAAUACACUCUAUGGAUAUUUCUCAUUAGACGUCAAGACGUUUCAGCUUCAGAGGGUUUGUAUGAAACAAUGUAAGCCACUUUUGUUGUUUGAGCCGCCACACGUAUAUACAAACUUCCCACCAUCGUUGUUGCCUUCAAGGACAAUAUGAAGUGGUAAACUUUCUAUGCACCAUGUUUAUUUCCUUGCCAUCAUAAUUAUCAGACAGAUUGUCUAAUUGAGAGUGUUUUUGUUGCAACUAUCAAUUCCUGUUUGGUUGAUUUAGUGUAUUUAUUUUCUUGGGCUCAUGGAAAAAAUAUGGAACAUAGUCCUGAAUUGUUGUCUUGUUUGUUCUGAUUGCUAUUUUAAGAGAAUGAGAUUAGUAAGAGAAAGAAUCUUGCACAGUAUGAGUAGCUUAUGCAUGAGUCCUGAUGGAAUCACAAAAAACACUAGAUCAUUGAUGAUCAUCUUCGAGUAGUAGUUUUGAUGGCCAGGGAAACGAAGGAAUGCAAGAGUAGAUCCAGUUUAACGUGGAUUCUUUUCACCUCAAGAAAAUUCAUUUUAGUCAAGCAGAGCUCAUUUUUACACUUCUCUUUUGAUAGGUAUAAGGAGUCAGAAAAGUUCUCAUUUAAUCAUUUUCACAUGGAUAGUUUUAUCUUGUGUCCUGUUUUCAGAUAAACCUCCAUAACUGGUAUGGUCACAACUAAGAUCCCGACUCACUGCUCUAAAUAAGAAUACCUUGUGCUCACAGGCCACUGAAACUAGAUUCCGUGAUGUUGUUUUUAUCUGAAAUG